UUAAGCCAUGCAAUUAAUGUAAUCCAAGAUGAAGCCGUUUUUUCCGCACAAUAAGAGACCCUCCCCUCACACAUUCUCAGUGGCAUUUGAGGAGGUAUAAAAGCCUUGACGGCCGCUGUCGCCACAGGACCAGUUCUAGUGCAAUACUACAUUGUGUACUGUACACCGCCAGACCCUGUCUCUGACCUCCAGCCAUGAUGACCAGGAACAUUCUCAUCCUCUGCUCAUUAGCACUGGUACUGGUUAAAGCGGACCUUGAAGCAGCUGACGGAGGGUCCCAUGCCAUGUUUGCUACAGAUCCAGAUUCAACCUCAGAUGAAGCUCCAACUGAAAGCAUGAACCUGCUCUCACCCGACCUGCCCAAUGAUGCGAGCAGCACCAGUGCCGAGGCAGGAAACAGUGCACCUCAAGUAAAGGAUGUGCCCAAAGCUGAUGCAGCUAAAUCCAGCAUGGAAGAGCCUGAUGAGGAUGAAGCUCCAGACUCAGAGGAGGCAGCGGCGGUGGCAGCGGCUGUGAAACCCGCUCCGGUCCCAGUCCAGCGUGCAACCAAAUCCAAUAAUGCAUCAGCACGCAAGCGGAGCAAGCCCGUCCCUGCCUCAAAAAAGAGAUCAAGAAACCUCCGUCCCUGAGACGUGAACUGUGGCGAGAGAAACAGGGCAAAGCUGCAAUGACAAGGCAGUAAUAGAAGAAGGAGAAAAACAAGCGAUAUAAAAGUGUUCAGUGGCAUUUUUUGUUUUUUUUUUGUUUGAGAAUCUUGAACUAGACUGUAUCUUCUGUGAUGUACUGAUCGGUUUGUGUGUUUGACUGUGUGUUUGUGUUGGUGUGAAUGCGUAUGACCUCUGUUAAUGUGAGCUACAUGAUUGUUCUUGCCAAAUAUUCUUCCAGACUUUACCCAGAGGCAAGGCUGACAUGGACACUUUAUAUGAUUGAUUUCAUUUCAGAUCAGACUAGAAGUUAAAUCUGAUAUAGUAAUAAGCUGAAAAUGUAUAGACGGUUCAGUUUUUUUUUUUUUUUUUUUUUUUGCCUGAUUAAUUACAGGAUCAAUUGAAAUCUAUAAAUCUCAGACUUGAUAAAACCGGUGCUGGCAGCCUGAUGACAUUGUGCUCAGAUGUGCCAUGACUUUAGCGACUAGCAAACACAAAAGCCUUCGCUCUCCUCACAAUGUCAGUGUUUCAAUCAAAAGUGUUUCUCUCUUUGUUUUCAGUAACUUUUUUUUUAUACACAAAGUAUUUAACAUUAUUGAAUUUACAAAUAUUACAAUCAAUAACAUGUUAUUCUGAAACAUUUCUUUCCUUUUAUUGUACCCUUAAAUAAAAC